GAGAGGAGUGUUUGAGAAAUCACCUAAUGGGAUGUUUAUCUGUCACUAACAGGAUGCACAGCAGCCCGAGUGAAGGAGUGGUUAAUGUGUCAGCGUCCCCGGCUCAGUGUGGCCUAGCCCGCCAGUUGUCUGCAGGUUUCUUGCGUGCUGCUCACCCGUUCACUGCUCUGACAUUGUGGAAUUCAUUAGCGGCUAGUCGUUAGCAACCCAGCGGCGCUAACUCACUAGCAACCGCUAGCAGGUAUCCGUGGAAAUCAGCACCUCACAACAACUGUCCAGACGCCUACAAAUAUACAAGCCCAGAGUGCCCGUCCUGACUGGCUAUGGAGUGGUGUUGGCUUCAGACUGGAUGACAGGGUCUACAGGGAGGACAGGGUCACACAGACUCUAACGCAGCAGCAGGCCUCUCCUAGCCGUACACUGACUGGCAGUGACAGCGCGUUCGCAGCUGACCUCCUUCCCCUCCUUCUUUCUGUUCGGAUACACUUUCCCCCCCAUCCUUUCUCACCCUCUUCUCCCCCUCUCCUCCUCCUCCUUCUUUCCACAUCAUCUUUUCCAUCUCUUCUCUCUCUAAUUCAUCUUUGCCUUCUGUCGCGUCGAUACUCUAACCUUUUUACUGGAACGCCUUCUUUUCAUCUUUGAGUACUUGUGACCUUUGACCUGCCCUCACCGGAUCCAGUAUGAGCUGGUUGAGCAGGUUGAACCCGCGGGGUCCAGGGAGUCGGUCUGGCCGGAGUGCCGCCCCCUCCAGCCCCUGCACUGCUGACCCGGAGACCUGCCUCAUGGUGUUUGAGAACCACUGGAGACAGGUCUCUUGGGUGUUGGAGCAGCACGAUCCUUCAUCAUCCAGCGACGACCUGACGGCGGUGAGGAAUCACACCGACCAGAUGUUAUGUCUGCUGGCAGAGGAGCGGCCCACCGAGAGCUCAGAGGGCGGCGCCAGUGUGCCGCCAAUGGGCCCCAUUCUGGAGCUCGUGGUCACCGAGAAUAUUCUGGAGUGCCUGGUUCAGUGGCAUCUCCGCCGCGGCCUGGACCCAGACAGCCAGGGGGCGCUGCUCAAGCUGUUUGAGAUGCUCAUCGGCCAGUCGCAGCAGCCUCUGCUGCAGCACACCGCCAUCCUCCACCCCCUGCUGAGGCUGCUGGGCGCGUGUGCCGACCCAGAACUUGGUUGUCCUUCAGCGCUGGAAAACAGCCUGGUCCUGCUGCUGAAUCAGGUCUGUGUGUCCAUGGCCCGGCAGCCCGUGGUUCUAGAGAUGCUGUUUCGGGCGGCGCCGGCUCAGCAGGGCUCCACCAAUCUGCUGAUCUUCUCCCUCCUCGUGCCAUUCAUCCACCGGGACGGAGCCAUCGGACAGCAGGCCCGAGACGCGCUGCUGCUGGUCAUGGCGGCCUCGGCCAGCCACGAGGCUGUGGCACGUUACAUCGCUGAGAACUCCUACUUCUGCCCGGUGUUGGCGACGGGCCUCAGCGCUCUCUACUCCUCUCUGCCCAGGAAGAUUGAUGUCCGAGGAGACGACUGGCAUGCCCUGCGGCGCGAGGACUGGAUUGGCGUGUCAUCGCUCGUGCUGUUCAUGAACUCGCUGGAGUUUUGCAACGCCGUGGUGCAGGUUGCUCAUCCCCUGGUCCGCUCCCAGCUCCUGGACUACCUCCACAACGGCUUCCUUGUACCUGUUAUGGGCCCCGCGCUGCAUAAGUCAUCGGUGGAUGAGAUGAUCGCCAGCACCGCCUACCUGGAUCUUUUCCUCCGCAGCGUGUCCGAGACUUCCCUCCUCAAAACCUUCCUGCGCUUCAUCCUGCUGCAUCGUCACGAUAACGACACCAUCCUGGACACACUGCUCACACGCAUCAGCAGCAAUUCGAGGCUCUGCAUGGUAUCGUUGAGCCUCUUCAGGACUCUUCUCUCCCUCAACUGUGAAGACGUCAUGCUGCAGCUCGUUCUCAGGUAUCUGCUGCCCUGUACCCAUGUAAUGCUGAGUCAGCGUCGCGCCAUCAGGGAGACUGACAUGUACGGUAAGUCAGCGGACAAGUUCCUGUCGCUGAUCCCAGAGUGCUGCCGGCUGAAUGCAGCGCCCUCUGCUGAGCGGGACGAGGACAGUGCAUUCUGGGGCAAAGUACUGAACAGUCCCAGCACAGAGUCUCCAGCCCCACCUAGACCCAGCACCCCAUCUCGCUUAGCCUUCUUCAUUCGCCAACAGAGCAGUGGAGGCGGAUCAGGAGGCGGAGGUCCCUCUACCCCCACCAGCAUGGAGCCGCUCCAGUCAGGUCCUUCCAGCUCGCACCCCCUGUCCCCUGACAGCCCGAUGCAUCAGCAGCAGGCUCACACAGAGUGUCUGGACUGGGACUCGGGUUACCUGGAGUACCUCAAAGACGCCCGGCGGGGCAUCGAGUUCUGCUCUUGGGCCUGCCGCGACUGGUCGGCACCCUAUGAUGGAGAAAACCCUUCCCCGACCACAGUCCCUCCACCCCCACCUCCCCCUACCUCCAACCCCUCCUUGGCGUUGUUCCCUGAGCACUUCUCUCUCCAGCAGGGAGGAAGCAGUAACACCCCUCCAGGGCAGCAGAGGGCAGCCAUAGUGGCGGCAGCACGAUCCGAGUGGAGCAGCUCAGAGCGGGACAGCGGAGAGUGGGAUGUUACCAUCGGCAAAAACAACUGCAUCAGCCUCACGCCGCGCUCCAAGAAACGCAGCCUGCAGAGAGAGGAGCUCCUGCCAAAGCCCUUACCUCGUCUCGUCCCCUCCUCCUCGUCUUCAGCCACCCCUUUAUUGACCUCUCACCCCGCCUCGUCCCCAGCUCCCCACGUUCCAACUUCCGCCAUCACUGUUAGCUACCAGGCCAUGUAUAACGGAACGAUGGGGCAGGGGGACGGGUGCUCAGACAAUCGGGACAGAGGACUGGAGGUAAAGAAAGUGAAGAGAGACUUGGGGGAGCAGCAGUAUUUGGAUGAAAACGCAAAUCAAAAUGGAUCCCUUGUCACCUGCCCCUCCCAAAGCUGCACUGCUCUCCCGCAGUCAAUUUUUGGCAACAGUGAAAUGAGCGAUGCAGAAUCUCUUUGCUCAAACCAGAUUCCCCCGCAGAGCUCCAUCACCCAGCCAACGUCCGACACCAAACUGCUGACCGGCGACACCUCAAACCCACACAGUGCAUCCUCAGAUCUUCCAGAAGCCAACCAGGUACAACAAUCUGUAGAGAGUCUUAUCCAGGAGCUGCUAGAGCAGGCGCCGGGGGAACCGCAGCUCCCCGGAGACUCCAACGGCCAGGGCAUCAGCAUCGAGGCCUUCACACAGGAGCUGAGGGAGCUGGAGGACCGGGUGAAGGAGCGCAGCAGAGCAGCGUGCCAGCAGGAAGAAGCUUCCAGGGAGACCCUGUCCGCUGAGCGGCAGGAAGAGGAACAGCAGCUGUCCUCGGCCCUGGAGGGGAAGCUGACAGGGGACGCUAAGGGAGAAGGGUCUAUGGUGGGCCUCUGUAGUCCUGCUCGACCGUUAAAUCAGCCGGCCUCUCAGCCGUACACAGGCCCAUUCAUGGUGGUCCUGUUUGCCAAGCUGGAGAACAUGCUCCAAAACUCGCUGUACGUCAACAUCCUGCUCACGGGCAUUGUGGCCCAGCUGGCCUGCUAUCCUCAGCCCCUCCUACGCUCCUUCCUGCUCAACACCAACAUGGUCUUCCAGCCCAGCGUCAAGUCACUCAUCCAGGUUCUAGGUUCUGUGAAGAACCGCAUCGAAGCGUUUGCAGCCUCCCAUGAGGACUUCCCAGCCAUGCUGAAGAAAGCCCAGCAGUACCUGGUGGCCCGAGGCAAAGUGGACUGGACUGACUCGCCUGCGGCAGUUCCUCCCCUGCGGCGCUCGGAUUCACUAGUGAAGAGUCGUAAGACAUCUCUCGGAGACCUGAUCCUUCGUCACACCAACAGCCCGACCCGGGCUCGGCACGCCGCUCAGCUGGCCCUCGCACACGUACGGGACGGCGGCCAAUCGCUGCACAGCGCUCUGUUCAGGGGCGGCGGCGGCGGCGGAGGGGCCUCCGGGCUGGAGAAGCAAGCCGAGGCGCUGCGAGUGAAGAACGCCGUGUACUGUGCCGUCAUCUUCUGCGAGUUCCUGAAGGAGCUGGCUGCCCUGGCUCAAGAGCACGCCGUCACUCUGCCGUUCCCUCACAGCCAGGAGGCAGAGGAAUAGACCGCACAGUCAAACUCCAGCUCUAAGCCUCCAUUUGUCUUUGUUUAGGCUGUAAAAACAUAGGAUUCUCCCAUCACCACAGACAGACUGCAGCACUGAGACUCUUCUGUCACCGAUGUGGGUCGUCUGCGGCGACGCAGACAACGAGCAAGAUGAAAACAGCUGCGUUUUUGUACCAAAAUCAUUAUAGGAUACCUGUAGGACUGGAAGAAUUUCCCUCAUCUGUAAACAAUAUGAUAUUGUGAAUAUCAUGUAUUAUAUUUACAAUCUAUACACAGAACAUCUCGGUAAAUGCUUGAGAUUUGGGAGCUUGUACAUACACGUACCAUGUCGUGGUAUAAUGUGACACAGUAAAGCCACAGUUAAAAGAAAUAGGUGCACAUAUUGGUGCUAGUCAAUCCUCUUUAUCUUUUAAGUUGAAAGGGUGCUUUCAGGCGGCACAGAGGGGAAGAAGGUUUGUCCUCAACACAGUUACGACAAACACCAAAUACCGCUUGGCAGGAAGACACUGAAAGCGUAGGCUGGUCAAUCAACUACAAGGUGAUCCGGUCGGCUUCGGCCACCGCUGCUCUACAAGCUCGUCUUCGCUGCCGUCGCAGAGCUUUUUGUCCCUCUGUCAAGGACCGGCCAAUCACGGAGGCUCACAGAGAAACAGCAAGCGCUCCUAGUAACAUCUCAAGCGUCGGUUUUAUUUUUAAAAGGCUGCACUAGUCAACAGUUGAUGAGAUGAGAAGUGGAACACACAGGUGAGCGCCACUUUCUCUCCGGUGAAUCAGCACGACCGCCACAGAUGUACUGGAAAACUUUUGGAUAACACCAUUUUAAAAAAAAAAAAAAAAGAAAGG